GGGGAGUGGGAAUGAGGGUCCGACGCCUAAGGGUGGGAGAUCCCUGCUGCGCCCGACUGUUUGGGCUCUUCUCUUGGCCCGGGUCCGCCGGCAGCCUGCCUCCCCUCGGCCUUCCCCGCCACACACUCCAUUCACCCAGUAUUUGUCCCGCGCCUUUGCCUGCAUGUGCCACCCCCCUAGACCCAUUUACCCCUCCCCCAAUUCGGACCUCUCAGGGAUUUGCUUCAUCUCUCCCCCGGCCUUCCAGCUUCCCUCUGCGCCCACCUGCCCUCUGCUCCACGUGCCAGCCCCUCCUUUUCUCAGGCCCAUCUUCUCGGGGCACCCUCCCCCCUCAGCAUUCCCUUCCUCCUACAGUAGCUAAACGGGGGAAAUAGUUUGGGGGAUGCCUUGUUACUGAGGGAAAAUGGAUUUGGAGGGAGGCAGCGAUUAAUACCAGCGUGCAUUUAUGCAGGACUCUUAAGGUUGGCUUGUGGUGAUGUUGAAGGAAAGUUUGAUGUUUUAUUCAACAGAGUCCGAGCAAUUCAGAAGAAAAGCGGAAACUUUGAUCUGCUGUUGUGUGUAGGUGACUUCUUUGGUUCUACACCGAGUACUGAAUGGGAGGAAUACAGGACAGGAGUCAAGAAAGCACCUAUUCAAACUUAUGUGCUCGGUGCUAAUGACCAGGAAGCUGUCAAGUACUUUCCAGAUGUUGAUGGAUGUGAACUAGCUGAAAACAUUACUUACCUAGGUAGAAAAGGUGUUUUCACUGGUGCCUCAGGCCUACAGAUUGCAUACCUAAGUGGCACAGAGUCAUUGGCUGAGCCUGCCCCACCUUACAGUUUUACCUCCAAGGAUGUAUGCUCACUGAAGGCGACUUUGCUGUCUACAUCACAGUUUAAAGGUGUUGAUGUCUUGCUGACAUCCCCAUGGCCCAAGGGUGUGGGGAACUUUGGAAAUGCUUCUGGAGAUGUGGAUACCAAGAAAAGUGGCUCCUCUUUGAUCUCCCACCUUGCCAUGGACUUGAAGCCCAGGUAUCACUUUGCUGCCUUGGAAAAGACUUAUUAUGAGAGGCUUCCUUAUCGAAACCACACAGUCCUCCAGGAAACUGCUCAGCAUGUGACCCGAUUCAUAGCUCUGGCAAAUGUUGGAAACCCAGAGAAGAGAAAGUACCUCUAUGCAUUCAGUAUCCUCCCACUUAAUCUGAUGGAUGUAGCAGAGCUAGUGAAGCAGCCGCCAGAUGUCACUGAAAACCCAUACAGAAAAUCUGGGAAGGAAUCAUUGUCAGGAAGACAGGGCCUGGCUCCACAGGAAGAACCAGCCUCUCAAUUUUUCUUUGAUUUAAGCAAAAAGCAGGGAAAAAAACGUCAGUCCACCGGGGGAGACAGCAGGGGUGUUUCCCCCAAGCAACCUUGGAAGCCACCUCAGCCUCUGGGGCCCUGCUGGUUCUGUCUUGCCAGUCCUGAAGUGGAAAAGCAUUUGGUAGUCAGCAUUGGCACACAUUGCUACCUUGCCCUGGCCAAAGGCGGAUUAUGUGAUGAUCAUGUUCUGAUCUUGCCCAUCGGGCACUACCAGUCAGUGGUAGAUCUCUCAAGAGAGGUGGUGGAAGAAGUGGAAAAGUACAAGUCUGCAGUGAGACAGCUCUUUAAGAGCAAAGGGAAGCGGUGUGUUCUGUUUGAGAGGAAUUAUAGGAGUCACCACCUCCAGCUACAGGUUGUUCCUGUACCUCUCAGCUGCUGCACUACUGAUGACAUCAAGGAGGCCUUCAUCAUCCAGGCCAAGGAGCAGCAGAUGGAGCUGCUAGAAAUCCCAGAACACUCAGAUAUCCAACAGAUUGUACAGCCCGGAGCACCAUAUUUUUAUGUGGAGUUGGACACAGGAGAGAAGCUUUUCCACAGAAUUAAGAAGAGUUUUCCUUUACAUUUUGGAAGGGAGGUUUUGGCUAGUGAGGCCAUCCUCAACGUUCCCGACAAGUCUGACUGGAGGCAGUGCCCUCAUAGCCGAGAAGAGGAGGAAGCUCUAGCUCGCUUGUUCCGAAAGCAUUUCCAGCCCUUUGACUUUGCCCAGGAGGACUGAUUGAUGAGGAGCCCUUUCCCACGUUUCCAUGGUAGAACCAGUGAUCUGUCGGGCUCAGGUUUCUUGUGGGGCUGUUUUCCUGGUCCUUUGAAACCUAUUCUCUGUACCACAAGCCACAUCUUCUAUGUUCUCACCAUUAAGAGUUGCCUUGUGAGCAGUGAGGUUACUUCUGGCAGAGGAGGCAGGAAUGAAGCAGUUUCCAGAACAAACAUCCUUGCCUGCUAAUAAACAUCUCUUUUAUAUUUUUCAUACAACUAGCUAUUAUUAAUAUUUUGAUAUUUUUUUAAACAACCAAAAUAAAAUUCUACUGUACUCAAGGGGUGCUCAGUGUUCCAUUUGACUCAUUGGUCCAGGACAUUCUUAAUAGAAUAUUGAGAAGGCUCUUGCCACAAACUAAUCGUAGCCCCCCCUGAUUUUCAGCGAUGUCCUAGGCAAGAGGAAGGGCGGUGUUAGGGCAGCAGGCACUGCAUUUAGCAUAUCAGGCAGUGAGCCACAGGAAUGAAAUGAGCUGGAAGGUUGGCCUGUGUUAAGAACAGGCAGCUUAGAGUGCAAGGGUGUGAAGUCCAGGAACACCCUCAGUCAUGUAAGAAAGGCUGUGAGGAUUGUGCUUCCAUUCUCUGCCCAAAUUUUCCAUAGCAGGAAAUGUGGUGCCAAUAUUCCAGGCACUCACUGCUGGUUAUCUGGGCCUGGGGUGGGCUGGCCUGGAGGAUGUAAGAGAAGCCAGCUUGGAAAAGGCUUAGCAAGAAGUUACUGAUGUGAGAUCAGGGAAAUAAGCUUUAAAGAGAGAAGCCAAGACUGCAAAACAGACUGUGGUAGCCUCGAGGCUUGCUGAGCUGGUGAGGUCUAGUAGCCUUUCCUUGUAGAGGAGGGAGACCUUUGGGGAAAGGGCUGGAUGGGAUGAUGUGUGCAUCCCAGAAAAGAAAGGCUGGCUGCUGCUUCUGAGGCUGCCUCAGGUGUUUCCGCUUCUGUGCUGACCUCUGGCUGUGCUCCUUUUUGUGUCUCAUAGACUGUCCAUCUUUGCUUCAGGGACUUGGGGCUCUUGGGCACAGCUCUGGGCACUUGCAGUUUCAGAACUAUACCAUUCUGCUGCCUCCUGCAGACUUGUCAGGGAGAACCUAGGUUUUAUACCAUAAAAAGACUUUAGGGAUGACACAGGGGAGGUAACUAUGAACUUGGCAAAAAGAUGUGAGAGGAUACCAUUUCAGCCCCCUAGCCUGGCAGAGAGAAGUGUUAGGAAAUGAGUAUCUUCAUCACUAAGAAAAACCCCUCAGCUCCUCGAAGGCAGGGCUGUUUAUCUUGCCUUCAGAUUCCUGGUGCCUAGCCCAGUACACUGGGGCACAAUGUAAUUGUUAGGUGGAAUCAGCGAGAGGCUCAGGCCUGGAGGAAGGCUAAUCCUCCGCAGGUGCCUUGGAGAAGAGGCCAGGAGAAAAUGCCAGAUCCUGAAGGAAAUUUCAAAGGGGAGAGGAGACAAGUCCUCCUGCAGGCCUAACCAUGGCCUAGAGGGAAGAAGAGCAGAUGGCAGCGAGAGUGUCCAUGAGCCACAAACGUGCCCCAGAGGGUGUUGGGAGGGCCUGAAAGCUGCUUAAGCCUUAGGAUGUGCUUAAUAAAUGCUGUUUGGCUAACUUACAGACUAUUUGGACUGAAAGGAAUCAUAGAAAUCAUCUGAUCAGGGCCACAUAAUAAAUGCUAGAGUAUUUGUUUAGCCAGUAUUAUUCCACUAAAGGCUGUGAGCUUUCCACCAUUCAGGUAGGAGGGGCAAGAGAGGGGGCUGUGGAGGGAAUAACUUGGACACACUGACCAUUUUCUUCAGAUGUUCCCUUCGUCUGUGUGCUCUGUGCCCAUUGAGUCCAAGCCCUGGUUGGAAUGCCUCCACUGUGUUUAGAUAGAGCUUGUUCCAGCUCUGUCUUGUUAAAUGUCCGUACCUUUCUUUAGAAGUAAUCAGCCCUUCCACUGAUGAUGACCUCUGUCUCUCCACACUUAGCAGGUAGCCUUCCUGGCAUGCAUGACCACAGUAAAUAAAUGUAUGUGGAUAUUGCUGCAUUCAAAGAGGGUCCUAAUGAACUUUUUCAGACUAGGCUGGUCCUCGGGUGACAGGUGCCCGUACAAGAAGGCUUUCUGAAUUGAUAACAUGUGCCAGACUUUACACACACACACAGAGCAUUUUACAUAUUAUGUAAAUAUAUCGUGUAUAUAUAAAUAAGUGUAUUAUACAAAUAUAAUGUAUAUUGUCUAGCCUUCGAGGGUCACCCACCCAUAAGAUAGAGCAGGAGCCAAAAAGUUGAAAAGGGAGUGUAUAGGAAAAAUGCUAGAAAACUAGCAUCAGCAGGAUUUGACAACUAGUUAGAUGAGAGAGAGAGGAGUUGUGGAUGACACCUGAUUUGGGAGCCUCCAAAGUUAGGACCUGUUUUAGACACGUUGAGUUUGAGAUGUCCAGUACAGCUGGGGGUUGUAGAUGCAGGGUCAGGAGAGAGGUUAGGGCUAGAUAAAUAGACUGGAGAGUCUUUUUAUGGGUUAGCAAAACCAGUUGCUAGUCCACCUGCUCUACCAGAAGGAAGGAGAUGUGUUCCAGCUUAUCUUCUGUUAGAUCAUGGUACUGAUUGUGUAUAUUGUUCAUCUGUUCGUACAGGUCUUCCCAUGUUUCUCUAAAUUCCUCAUAUCCAUUUCUUCUGGUACAAUAAUACUGUUACAUAAAUCAUUUAUUCUGCCAUUCUUUAUUCAGUGGGCACUUAUUUUACAUACAUUAUUUUGCUGCUACUAAAAGUUCUGUGAAUAUUUUGCUAUAUAUAGGAAUCUAGUGGAAUUGCCACAAGGGGUACAAUCAGUUUAGUAAUUUUUUUUCACAGUUUCAAAUUGAUUUCUAGAAUGGUUGGACCAAGUCACAGCCCUACCAGUAGUGAAUUAGUGUGCCUUUAUGAUUUGGUUAUUUCUUUCCUUGUGACAGUCACCCUCCAGCUUGCCAAAUUUCCUCUUCAAAUCUGCCCAGAAAAGAACACAACACUGCAAACAUGGUCUGAUCAACACAAAACAGCAGAAGUGAAUAUCAUUGCCUUUCAUCUGGGCCUUUUUAAAAAUAACUUUUCUCUUUUUAUUAUGAACUUAGAAAUGAUUAACACAAGUAUGUCAGUAUUCAAAAUGGAGAAGAGAGGAUUGUAUGUGAAUCCAGAAAUCUGUGCAAUUUUUAAAGUGUAGAUUGUUAAACAUGAUUGUAAUAAAAUUGUUUUGUGUCGCCUUCUGAA